AUGGGAUUAGGUUUUCUUUCUCAUUUGCUUCCUUCAUUUUUCUUUUCUUUCUUUUUAUAUAAUUUUUCUUUCUUUUCUUUUUUCCAACCUUUUCUUUCUCUCUUCCCGCUUUUUCUCUGCCUUUUUUCUUAUAUUAUCUCUCUUUUUCUCUCUCUUAUGAUUUUUGUUUUUCUUUCUUUAUCUCCACUCUCUCGUUGUAACUUUUGCUUUUGCUUUUCUAACUCUCUCUCUCUUUGUAAUUCAUUAGUCUUUUCUACAUUUUUACCUUUUCUACACAUUAUCUCUUUUUAUUUCCUCUUUCAUCUCUUUAUUCUCUCCUCUUUUUAUCUCUUUAUUCCCUCUUCCUCUUUCUCUUUAUUCUCUCAUCCAUGUUCUCUUAAUUCUCUAAUCUUCUUUCUCUUUAUUAUCUCCUCUUUCUCUUUAUUUUCUCGUCUUCUUUCUUUCUCUUUAUUUUCUCGUCUUCUUUCUUUCUCUUUAUUCUUGAAUCUUCUUUCUUUCUCUUCCUCUUUCUUUUUAUUCUCUUCUUUCUUUCUCUUUAUUCGCUCCUCUUCUUUCUUUCUCUUUAUUCUCUCCUCUUCUUUAUUUUUCUUUAUUCUCUCCUCUUCUUUCUUUUUCUUUAUUCUCACUUCUUUCUUUCUUUUUCUUUAUUCUCUCUUCUUUCUUUCUUUCUCUUUAUUCUCUCUUCUUCUUUCUUUCUCUUUAUUCUCUCCCCUUCUUUCUUUCUUUCUUUCUUUCUUUCUUUCUCAUUCGCUCCUCUUCUUUCUUUCUUUCUCUUUAUUUUCUCCCUUUCUUUCUUUCUCUUUAUUCUCUCCUCUUCUUUCUUUCUCUUUAUUCUCUCCUUUUCUUUCUAUUCUCGUCAUUCUAUUCUCAUCAUUUUCAUCAGAUCACCUUCCUGGUGACAUGGAAACCUGCUGCUUACCUAUUUCCACCCAAUUUUAUUCUGACCUCUGA